AUGAAUCUUUAUUAUUUGCUUUCCUGCAGAAUUUCAUACGAUCCCACAAGAUAUCCUAAAUACAUUCCUGAAGCAUACUGUCUGUGCAAAGGCUGCCUCAUGGGGAUCUUUGGCGAGGAGAAUUUUCACUUCCGCAGCACCCCCGUGUACAUGCCCACAGUCAUCCUGCGCCGCACAUCCUCGUGUGCUGGGGGCCGUUACGUCUACACAGAGGAUUACGUUACUAUCCCCGUGGGCUGCACGUGUAUACCUGAACAAGAAAAAGAAGCCGAAAGCGUAAAUUCCAGCAUAGAUAAGCAAGAAAUGAAGUUGCUGGUAAGCCAGAACAAGCCAUCAUCAGAAUGA